ACGUCAGCAGUAGCGCCAUACCGGGGCUGAGGAGUGGGUGACGAAGAGCAAUCACCACCACCAGGAAAAAAAAAAAUACCAGGAGCGAUAAAAUGCACGGACUACAAGGGUCCAUUUGACUGUCAUUUAGACGUUUUCGCAUUUUGAGGAUUUGGUCCUGGCGAGGUCUUUUGGAGAACACUCGUUUAAUACAAUGGAUGUCCUCUGUCAGGCCGAGCUUUCUGGUUUUUAGCCAGUUGGGUGCAAUUCCAGAGAUGGCUAGCUGAGCUAACAUAGCUAGCUAACAAUUAGCCUGCCCAUUUAGCUACACUGGUCACUGGGUGCCUCGGUCUGCAAAAGGAUAACUGAUCUGAGCGCAAUUGUAAAGCGGUAGUUUCAUUUAGAUCGCUUGAAAGGGUUAUCAUUCGUCGAGUGCUUAAAGCAGUGGGCUAGCCUAUCUGUUUGUUCAGUAGAUGGACAGUUUGACGGGCGCUCAUUGUCACUGCGCGGGCGUACAGUGGUGGUUUCGGGGCGACUAGGCUUGUACUCGGCCGGGCAACCAGCACAGGGAUUGUACAGAUGUGGCAGUCGCAGCCAGUAGUGUCCCACUGUCUCUAGGACCGAAGUUGGUAGUUUGACAUAAAACCGGAUUCUUAAUGAGUGUUAGGCUUACGGGCUAACCAGCUACGCGGGAGAGGGAUUAAAAAGCGUUUGCACACUGAAAAUUCAUCAACUUGUCACGUUAGCUUGGUUUUAACGGUAGCAGCAUUUAGCUAGCAAGCUAGCCAUUGAGUUAACGUUCAUCAAACUAAUUUCAGCUCUUUUUGAAAGUGCAUCAAAUAAAAUGGUUAUUUGCACCUUCGGUAGUCAUCUACGAUGUUUGCGGACAUGUUGCAUUGCAUAUUUUCUGUGAUCAGCUGAGAUCAGACUCUAUAGCCUGAGGUUUUACACAACUUUGACUAAGCUGUCAAAUAUUUGACACUUGACAGCAGUUUUACCAUCAAUAAGGAAGGCCAGAUUCUGCACCAAGCAGCAAACCCAUCGAGCUCGAUUAUCAGCGUCUGGAUCUAACUUGUUGAAAACGGACUGUUGCUCAGAGGGGGUUUCAUUUAUUUGAGACUUUGUGUCAGGUGUAGCCCGACGCCCCUUGUCCGACGGGCUUUUCAGCUCAUGCGGUGAUGACUUUAGACUCCAUGAUGGCUUGUUGCCUGAGUGAGGAGGCGAAGGAGUCCAAACGAAUCAACGCUGAAAUCGAGAAACAACUCCGGCGAGACAAGAGAGAUGCAAGAAGGGAGCUGAAGCUUCUUCUGCUGGGGACUGGAGAGAGUGGCAAGAGCACCUUCAUCAAGCAGAUGAGAAUAAUCCAUGGGUCAGGCUACACAGAUGAAGAUAAGAAGGGCUUCACGAAACUGGUCUACCAGAACAUCUUCACCUCAAUGCAGGCAAUGAUCCGUGCAACUGAGAACCUCAAGAUCCCGUUCAAGUACGAACAGAACAAGAAUAAUGCCCAGGUUGUGCGCGAGGUGGACGUGGAGAAGAUUUCAUCAUUCGAUCAGCCGUACAUCAGCGCGAUAAAGAUGCUGUGGGCUGACCCUGGCAUCCAGGAGGCCUAUGAUCGCAGGAGAGAGUACCAGCUCUCUGACUCAACCAAAUAUUACCAUAGUGAUUUAGAACGAAUAGCAUCAUCAGGGUACGUGCCCACUCAGCAGGACGUGCUGCGGGUUCGAGUGCCUACCACCGGCAUCAUUGAGUACCCAUUUGACCUGGAGAAUAUUAUCUUCAGCUAUCUAAGUGAUCUGGAUCGUAUUGCUGAACCGUCCUAUCUACCAACCCAACAGGACGUGCUUAGGGUUCGAAUCCCAACCACUGGGAUCAUAGAAUACCCUUUCGACUUGCAAAGCAUCAUUUUCAGGAUGGUGGAUGUGGGGGGUCAGAGGUCAGAGAGAAGGAAGUGGAUCCACUGCUUUGAGAAUGUCACCUCCAUCAUGUUUCUGGUGGCGCUCAGCGAGUAUGACCAGGUCCUGGUGGAGUCGGACAACGAGAAUCGUAUGGAGGAGAGUAAAGCUCUGUUCAGGACCAUCAUCACAUAUCCCUGGUUCCAAAACUCGUCUGUCAUCCUCUUCCUAAACAAGAAGGACCUGCUGGAGGAGAAGAUCAUGUAUUCUCACCUGGUUGACUACUUCCCAGAGUUUGACGGCCCCCAGCGGGAUGCCCAAGCAGGUCGUGAGUUCAUCUUGAAGAUGUUUGUGGACUUGAACCCAGACAGUGACAAGAUCAUCUACUCCCAUUUCACAUGCGCCACCGACACGGAGAACAUCCGCUUCGUCUUCGCAGCCGUCAAAGACACGAUCCUGCAGCUCAACCUCAAAGAAUACAACCUGGUGUAAAGAGAGAGAACAAGAAAGAGACCUGCAGCCCCCACACACACACACACACAAUGCAGAGUCCACUUCUAGAAACACACACAACUGCAUGAAACAUACUGCUGCUCAAAGAGUCAAGCAUUGCUUCAUACUUUACCAGACCAACACUAUCCAUGUUCUGUCACUACUUAUCACCUUGGUUGUUGAUUUUCCCGUUUUUAAAAGAAUGGGUAUCUGUUUUGUGGUUCUAAUAAUUGCUCCUCUUAUACAAACACAUGAAACACUCAAAUAUAACACUCCCUCCAUUUGUCCCCCUCUCUUGGGGCUUUGGUCUGCUCCGUGGCUUCUCUUGGUCCUCGUUUGGCCCUGGGCAUGGCUCACAUUUUUUCUUUCUUUACACUACGUUAUCACCAGUGCUUAUGUGUUCGAGGUGGGUCGGGGGCCUUCUUGGGGUAGACUAAUCUUUUAUGGACAAAGGGCUCUCUCCCCUUCUUUUUAUUUAACCCAUGCAUGCUAUACACUACAGCACGAGGCUAGGCUGCAGAUCCUGGACUCUGCUUAUCUGCAAAGGGUAACUAAUUAUGAUGAUAGGAAUAUAUUAUCAGGCAGUGCUGGGGUGCAGUGAGGUACUUGGUUCCCCUGGGUCUUGAAUUGUGUAUUUGAAUUUUAUUUUUUUUUGUUAACCCUGCCCCAAAUCAGAGCACAGAAACUCUGGUUGAAUGUAAAUAAACUUUUCAUGCUGCUCACAUAGAGUGAGGGCUAGAUGGAGAUGACUACACGUUCGCUGUAGACUUAAAAUAUUUUCAGCUAUGUUAACUUCUUGGUUAUGUUAUUACUGCUAUUGUUCUCCAAUUAAAAGUGAAUUGAAGAUGACUACUCACAGGAACGCAAUGCACCAGAAAGUCACAGUAUGUUCCUUUUACACUGCCCCUCAUUUUAAAGUGUUAACAUAUAUUAUGAAACAAAAAAUUCAGCAACAUUACCGUUAUUUGCAUACUGUACAUCAACUCCCCUGUCAUUUUGUAUCACAUUGCCAAAUUAAAACCACCUACUUGUUUUCUGUAAAUAUAAUUACGUUGCCAGUACUGUUCAUCCCUUAAAUGGUUCAGAUACUAACAAAAACAUAAUUGGAAACUGGCAUUGCCACAAUUAAGUGCGAGUUUUCUCUUGUGAUGGAUCAUUCAGACGUUGAUGGCACAACAACUCACUUUGUGUGGCAUUUUUUCAUGUGGACUGUCUGAAUCACACGUGUAUUGGUACUGUGAUUUAUUUUCUUUGUUUCCUUUGAUGGUGAGAAUAAUCUUCCUCUGCACAACGUGCAAAUGAUGAUACCAGAUUAGUACAGUGCAAUAGUCCGUUGCAGAUUAAAUAAAGCUUUUGCGCUGCCAGUUAGCUUAAGUCACAAGUUGGUCUUGAUCAUCCAUAUGGCUUCUCUCCGUAAUCAACUUUAUUUUGCCAUAUUAUUCAGCCAACAUUUGAUAAACUGUAAUGGAUAGCAAGAGAGUAAAUAAUUCUUUUUUGUAUGUCUAAUUUAUCAAUCAGAUCUAUGUAUUGUUAAUACAGUAAAUGAGACUUCCUCACUAGUUUUCAGCUCAAAGUUUUUCCAACCUAGGAGAUGGGAGGAGAUUUUAUACUGCUGUAAAAUAUCAAAACUAUUUUAUGGACAAGUGUUCUAUCUUUCUAAUGAUACUUAAUAUAUUUAGUUGUUGCAGUUCUGUUUUGAAAUGCUUGACAAUGGAAAACACUGUUUCCAUGUCAGGUUUGUGCUUUAUGCAAAUAGGAAAAUGAAAACAGACAAAAAACUUAGUGGUUCAAUAUUUACUGUUCAAGGAUGCUUGCAUUUCUUUGUAAUUUUUAAGGGUAUGUGUUGGCUAUUGGUACCAAUCCCAUAUCGUGUCUCUUGCCUGAUAGUUGUUUAAAUAUUCCAUUAAGCUCAAAGUUGAUAGAUGGUUAUUUUUGUCUUCACAAUGUAAUUCAGGUAAGUUUUCAUAACUUUUUCAUCACAAGGGCUACUACUAGCAGCUUUGGUAGAAAUGAAAGGACUCUAUGGAUGGAAUAGAGCAAAAGGUGCAAUUAAUUAACGAGGGGGGCUAUGAAUCAAGUGUGUGUUGACAUCCUGUUGAGGGUGAUGGCCGCAGGUUCAGUGAGGGAGGAAUGCAGCAGUCCACAGAUGCCUACAUGACAUUCCAGAGGGAAGUGGCUGUUUGGCUCUUUGUUCACUAUCUUUUUGCCUUCAGAGGAGGAGAAUGGCUAACGUCAAGGUGCAAUAGCACACUUUUAGUGUCCUGGCUGUUGUACCUAACCAUCCUCUUACUUGUAGGAAUUAUGUGCUAAUCUUCUUGGCUUUAUAAUAUUUUCCACUAUGUGGUUAUGCAUACUUGGCUUAUCUUCUCAUUGGUAGUGUUUCCAUGUUUGAUGUUGGCAUUGGCUGUGCUGGAGUCAGAAAGAAUGGAGUGCUUAGGACAUUUUGACCUUUUUGUGCACGUUGAAAGAGCUGGAAGGUUCAGAUUUAAAUCAGAGAAAUGAUUACAGAACCUGUCGUGCUCCCUUUGUAUCUUUUAAUUGCUUGCCAAAAGGUUUACAAGUCAAUUUUUCUUUUGAUUUUCUAUAGAAAAGCAGUACGCUCUGCACAGUUUUAGGGGAAUUUACUCACCCUGUGUAUUACUUAGCCUUGAUUUUUAUUCACAUGCACCCAGUGAGAGUAAUCUUCACAUCUGUGGUGCAGAUGUGUACAUUGUGUUGAUGAAGCCAUUAUCUUGUACGUUUAGACUUUGUGCAUACAGUGACACUUAAUGAAGAAGGGACAUGUAUAUUUAUGUCAAGUGCCACAAUUUUGUUGUGAGUUGAAACAAUAUUGGAGAUGUUGCAACACUCUGACUUUGACAAGUUAGUUUGGCUGUGAUCUGGUUUUUCCAGCGUGUAGUGGUAAUGGGUUCAUCUUUGGUGCUUCAACCAACAUUUAAAGGCCUUUUCCUGACCAGUUUAUCCCACGUAUAGAGCGAUGCUUUUCACACUCACUCGCUUGCAGAAGUUAAUUUUGUAGGUGCCACAACUCAGCACACUUCAGUUUUAAAUUAAGAGCUUAUGUAUUUUGACAUGUGGAUGAAUAAACUAGCUGAGUUUUGAAAGGUAUAUUGUGCUCUGCUUCACUGCUGGGAUAACAUGGUGAUGUCUGUUUGUGUUUUUACAAUUCUCAGCUUGGCUUUCAGGAAGCACACUCCAUUCCCCUGAACUGUGGCUUACCACCUUAAGGGCAAGUGUGUGGUCUCUUACACAUAUUCUCUUGUAGAUGAGAUGUCACGCAGCAAAUGGACUUAAAUGUGCUGCUAUGAGGAUGAUAAACAAAAUGAAGGUGACCACUCCAGGGACCAGUGUUGACAUGACGGCAUACUCUUUAAAAACUUUGCUGUAUCAGUUUUCACAUGUUGACAAUGUGUGUACUUCAUGCCUUGUCUGGUUAGCACCUCACAGCUGCAGAACCAACCCAGAAAAAGUCAUGGCUACAUGGCUACACUACCAGUGAUUAGAGCCCACAGCAGACCUGGGUCGGUUGUUUAAUAUCUUUUCCCAUGGAUUUGUACUGUAUUCGCUUUAUUCUGCAUAGACUGCAUUUUGGAGAAGGUUUGUACAACAAUCCAGUACAAAACACUGUGCCACACCACAUCAUUCAGCCACAGAAAAGAUAUCAAAAAUUCACAAUUUGUAGUAACCUGACCCAGAUCUUUGUUGUAAAACUUUUGUUAAUUCACUUUUACAUUAUGGUUUCUUUUUUCCAAAUGAAGCUUGUGUGUUAAUCCUCAGUAUUAAUGUAUUUAUUAAAAGACUUGCCAAGUGAAGGUACUGAAAUGGCCAUUAUAACAUUUUGGUUGUUAUAAUAGCAAGUGAGUGAAUGAAUAUGCUGUGUGUUUACAUGUCCACCAUUCUCCACUCUCUCUCUUUUUUCCCUCCUUACUUGAUUUGGACUGUGUAUUCUUUCCCUGGGUCGAAGGCACUGAAACUGCACCACUGCAAUGGGCCUACAUUCAUGCAACUUAGAUGUUCGUUAAAGCGUGCUCGUUGGUACUCUGAGGUGUGUGCGUGUGCGUGUGCGUGUGCGUGUGUGUGUGUGUGUGUGUGUGUGUACACUUUUGAUGGCUAUUGCUUAUGCUUGAGAUCCAUUCUGAUUAGAGGGAUGGACACACAGUGAUAUUAAAAGCUAUCUUUGCAUCUUUUUGUUUUGUUUCUUUUGUAAGGUUGACACACCUUAACACGUGUAUUUAGGACCACUUAAGAUGACAGACUUUUUUUAAAGAGUUCAAAUAAACUUUUGUGUAGUGGUGUACAAAUUGAAAGUAAUGUAUUUUUUUUCUUCUUUUUUUAAGUAUACCAAAUGUAAAUUAUGUACAAUGAGUGUGCCAAUCCCCUUUCUUUGUAAAGCCAGAUUCUUAACAAGUGCCAAUGUUGUGAAAAAUCAGAGGGCCUGUGAAUUUCUUGGUCCCGUUUUUAAAACAAAUAAACACUUAAAUAUGUGAUUAAUUAACUAAAAAAAGGACAAUUUUAUUCUAUAUUUAAGAUUAAUGAUGAACUGCUGUUUUUAAGAUAAAUGUCAUUUUAAUUGCAUGUGUUUGUCAGGUUGGGGAGGGAGUGGGUGGGUGGGGGGGCGAGAUACUGUAUUCACGCAUCGCCCUCAUGAAAAGGGUCCUAAUGGUUUUUGAUUUACAGUAUUUUAGCCAUAUUUCUCUUUUGUAUGUUUCAUUUCAACCACUGUUGCCUGAACCUCAUUCAAACAUGAAAAUGAUUUUCAUAGCCUUCUCCUUUAAAUGUUUUCAAAGUGGAAUAAAAUAUGUUCCUAUACUCUC